UUUAACAACAGGAAGUAAAGAAACAGUUGAGUGUACUGUAGUCGGUGGGUAUGCUAAAUGUUUCGGCUGUACUGUGGUGCAAAAUCUCCGCUGAAGCUGGUGUUUUUAUCCGGCAGAAAUAUGUCGAUAGCGCCCACUGACCGUGGACCGGCGGGCGGUGACCAAAGCACCGACAACAGGUCGAUUCACUCGGACACCGUGGAGGAGGUCCAUAACAUCCCGAUGCAGGUCAUCAUCAGACCGUUUCCUCUAGUGCUGGACGAGCACAAAGUCCAGAGCCUGAUGGACACAAUAAGGGAGACGGCAGACAUCGGCGUUGUUCCUCCUAUUGAUGUGCUCUGGAUCAAAGGCAGAGAGGGAGGAAAUUACUACUACUCCUUUGGAGGCUGUCACAGGUUUGCUGCCUAUCAGAGGUUGAACAUGCAGACCAUUCCAGCAAAGAUCAUCAAAUCUAACAUCUCAGACCUAAGCACUUACUUGGGGGCUUCAACGCCUGAUCUGCGGUGAUGCUGGAGCAGCUUGGAGCUUUCCACCCCACCCCCCGCUUCAAAUGUACUUGCCUCAGGUGGAUCAUACAUAAUAUGGCUGUAACUCUCCUGUUGAUGACUGCAGAGUGAAGGCUUUGCCAGCAGGGGGAAAUGUAGCUCUUUAGUUAAAUAUGUUACAUUUUGUCAUUUGAAACAGCUUAAAUGUAUGCAUGUUAAUCAUGUGAUAGCUUUAAUGUUGCCAAAUACCAUCUGCACAUACAAAUUUAACAGUUUUCUUAAAGUUCUUUAUUUAAAAAAUAUGACGGCUGAGAUUGGGCUAAGAUAAGUUUUUAAAAAAAAUUUUUUUUACUUAAAUCGACUAAUAGCGUGAAAGUAUGAAAGAGAAAAUGAAUUUAGCACAUCUUCAUCUUGGCUAUAAAAUGAAACCUUAGCAUCGAGCCCAAUAACGAUAGACAAAAGUGAGAGUGUCAAUCAUCUUACUUCAUGUAAGGAGAAAGGCUAGAAAACAAGGUACCAACUAUUUCAUAAACCCAACUUUAGAAGUAUAACCCUAUAUAAAAUUAUUUACAACAAGCUGGUUUUAUUGGUGAUCAUGGAAUAAAUAUUACAACUAAUGUACCUACAUUUAUUAAUAAUUUAUUAAUGAUUCAUUUUUUAAAAAGAAAUAAACACCAGUCUUAAAUUAACUGAACCUUUUAUCCUUUUGCUUUUUUCCAGUCUGCAUUCUCAGCUGUUUGCUAAUAUCAUAAAGAUGAUGUGAAGAUGAUUUUUAUAAUAACAAACCUCUUAAACAGUGACAAAAACACAAAAAUGCUACAAAUGUAUAUUAUUCAAAGCUGCAAAAAAUUGUAAAGAGAAUACGACUUGCAUCUAUUUUUUGUUUUUAAAAGCAUGUAGAGUCCCUAUUUCCUCUUAUUCCAUCAUCCUCUAUGGUGUCACAACUCUGCUUCAUCUAAAUCUUUGCAUAUUUAAUGCCAGUUACUCAUUAUUUUGAUGCUAGUUGUCUGUGGAUGCUCGGAUGCAAGUAGUGGAUCAGCUCACCCCCGCUCAGCCUUUAAGUGAUGAAGCAGUUGUUUCAGCAGUGUGUUUAUUCUGUAAACAUAAUCGAGUAACCCCCCCAGUGGAAGAUGGUUGGAGAUGAUCAGGUGUUUUCACAGCAGACAUUUUUACUUGUCAAA